CCGGACGUGGGCGCCAGGGAAAGCAGCCCUCGGAGAUUUCGAAAGAUCUUGGUGGCUGCGGGCGUGCUCCGGGCUGGCCGAUUGCAAAACGGGCCCGUCGGGCGGGCUGCGCCUCGAGGCCGCACAGGGCAGAUCCAGGCUGGGCCCGGCUGCUUUUUUGCUUUCAUUUUUUCACAAGUGUCUUUUGCUUGAUCUGUUUCUGAAAAAUUCAUAUUCAUUCUCCUUACCCCCUCCCUCGCUCCCUCCCUUCCCUCCCUUCCACGUCUCCUCUCUCUACUUUCUUAACCCCUGUCACAAAUAAUUCUCUUACCGCCUACAUGAAACCAACAUGUAAAAACAUCCGUCGCAUCCUGUUUUUGUCAGGUUCUUUAAUCUGUUCUUCCAGUCGCUGCAGGUUAUGAAAUGGGACGAAUAAAAGUAAACAGUCUAGUAAAAGUCAAUGCAAGCUGCACGUGUUGUGUCUGGGUCACUGGUAACCGACAUUGAUAUGGCUAGCGCGCUGCGGCGGCGGCUCUAACCCACCUCCCACCUCGGUGAUGGGUCUUUCCCCUCCCUCCCUUUGGAGAUCUCUCUCUCUCUCUCUCUCUCUCUCUCUCUCUCUCUCUCUCUCUCUCUCUCUCUCUCUCUCUCUCUCCCCCCCCCUCCCCUCAUCGAUCGGUUGGUCUCCCACCAAGGCCUCUUUGCCGGGCUCCAGCAGCCUUCCGCCCCCUACCCCGCUGCUCACUCAGUCACCUCCUGAUCCCUGUCUCUUCACAGCUGGGAAUUGCUGGCUCCGCCAAGCAAAGAACGGCCGCUGCCAGGUCCUGUAUAAGACAGAACUGAGCAAAGAAGAGUGCUGCAGUACCGGCCGUCUGAGCACCUCGUGGACCGAGGAGGAUGUGAACGACAAUACUCUCUUUAAGUGGAUGAUCUUCAACGGGGGCGCCCCCAACUGCAUCCCCUGUAAAGAAACGUGUGAGAAUGUGGACUGCGGCCCCGGGAAAAAAUGCCGCAUGAACAAGAAGAAUAAACCCCGCUGCGUCUGUGCCCCGGACUGUUCCAACAUCACCUGGAAGGGUCCAGUGUGUGGGCUGGAUGGGAAAACGUACCGCAACGAAUGUGCACUCCUCAAGGCCAGAUGUAAAGAGCAGCCGGAACUGGAAGUUCAAUAUCAGGGCAAAUGUAAAAAGACUUGCCGGGAUGUUUUCUGUCCAGGCAGCUCCACCUGUGUGGUAGACCAGACCAACAAUGCCUACUGUGUGACCUGUAAUCGGAUUUGCCCAGAGCCCUCCUCCUCUGAGCAGUACCUGUGUGGGAAUGAUGGAGUGACUUACUCCAGUGCCUGCCACCUGAGAAAGGCCACCUGUUUGCUGGGCAGAUCGAUUGGAUUAGCCUAUGAGGGAAAAUGUAUCACAAAGUCCUGUGAAGACAUCCAGUGUGGCAGUGGGAAAAAAUGCCUGUGGGAUUUCAAGGUUGGCCGAGGCCGCUGCUCUCUCUGUGAUGAGCUCUGCCCUGAGAGUAAGUCGGAUGAGCCAGUCUGCGCCAGUGACAAUGCCACGUACGCCAGCGAGUGUGCCAUGAAAGAAGCCGCCUGCUCCUCUGGCGUGUUGCUUGAGGUGAAGCACACCGGAUCUUGCAACUCCAUCUCGGAAGAUACGGAGGAAGAGGAGGAGGAGGAAGACCAGGACUACAGCUUUCCUAUCUCUUCCAUUCUAGAGUGGUAAACGCUCCUCCAGUGUUCAGUGUUGACAUAGCCUUUGGGCAAAACAGAACACAACAAGAGCAAGGAAAAAAAAGGAAAAAAAAAAAAGAUAGACAAGAAAAUAAGAAAAAGAAAAACUAUAUUGUCCAUAAUGUAAAUAAGUGUAUGCUUAUUUAUUUGGGGGGAAAACUAUACAUGAAAGGGCCUUUGUCCUAACGCUCUCUCCCAGGCCACAUUGUUACUCACUGGGCAUGGAGAGAUUGUUAUUUUGUGGUCUACUGGAUGAGGCCUAUAGUUGAGACUUGUAGACGUUUAUUUAUACUGUGUCAUGUUUUAUAAUUUAUACAUAAAAUGUCUGGUUGACUGUACACCUUGUUUUUGAAGAAAUUUAUUCGUGAAAGGAAGAGCAGUUGUUAUUUAUUGUGAGGUCUCUUGCUUGUAAAGUAAAGCCGUCCCCCCCCCAUAAACCAUUGAAGUCCAUUCCUUUGACCCACUCACUCAUCUGUCUCCCUUCAUUUCACUACUGUUAGAUUCUUUUCCACCUCUUAACAAAUUUGCAUGUCAGUUUCUGUCAUGUUUAUUUAUUGGAUUCUCAGCUGCCUACUCUGUACAUACCUGAUCCUUCGGGUUCUGUUUACAAGGAAUCUUGACUGACCAAAAGGCAUCGUAACUCUGCCUCAGAUACAAGGUACAGAGGAUAUGCGUCUCGGAAGGAACGUCUGUUUCCGGGCCCUUGUUCUGGUGAAAACAUUGUGAGAAAGGAUGAGAGGCUUUAAGAGUCGAGAAAUGUACUUUUAUGAUGUUGCAGAUCCAAAGACAUAGUGACGUGGGGUGUCAGGAGACGAAAGGAAGGUGAUCGUUACCCUUCCAACCUGUCAUUCACUGUUUCCUUUGAGGUAGUCGGCUGUACCUUCCCAAUUAGUUCUUUUUCAACCAAUGUGUCACUAAAAUUCCAUCAAAGCUUUAUCAGUUCAAGUUUCUUGCUUUUCAUAAUACUUUUUUCUGAUGCAAUUUUAUAUUUUCAAACAUGGCAAGUUAAAUAUAAAUUCAUUUAAAUAUAUAGUUUUGUACUUUUCUACCAUGUAAAUGUGCAAUGUAUAUAAAAGUUAUAAUGUGUAUUUGUAAAUAAAAGAUGAGUGAAAAAAUAAAAAAAAAUUAA